CAGCGCGCAUCAUGAGGACACACCUACCAUUUUCUAAAGAUCCACGAAUCCACGUCUGUGCUCGUAAAAUCGCGCAGAGCCACAGUUUGGAGCGACCGCGUUGUGCCUGAACACCGAGGGCUGAGCUGACCCGCUUUAAGUGCGCAGCAGUGCCGCAGGAGUAAAACAGCGGCCGGGGGGGCCACCGGACAAAGUUUCCUCAGUGGGGACGACUAUUUCUCAGCAGGCGGUUUUAUUUUUUACUCAGCGUCACCCCUGGUCCGUGGCUUCAGAUUGCACACAGGAGUAAGUUUCAUAUGGACACUACUUGGAGACGGCUGGCGCAACAAGCAUGGGAUUAUUUUUUUUGUAAUGUGGAUUCCCAUUCCGCUGCAGGCAACUAAAGGUCCGUUGCAAAACAAUGUGAGGCGUUAUGCGUCUUGGAUUUUCGUGUUUCUGGAUAUUCUGAAAAUAAUUGGCAACAGUUGAGAAGGAAGAAGUUGUGCGCAAAGGAUUUUACCACACCAGCCCCCGGGACCAGCAUGGAUUUGCCGCUACAACCCCCUUCCCCCUGCAUGUAGAGCAGAAGUUUUCGCCGGUCCACUUUGUGUUGUUGUACUUGUUUGUUUGUAAACUUCAUGUCCGAGGACAAAUCGCCACUGGCCGCUUGGAUUUUAAAACGUCGCCUGCCUUUGGGAUUUUCCAACACGAUGAACUUUAUUGACAGUUUGACUCUAAUAUUUUUGACGCUGUCAGCUGUCAAGAGCGCCCACAUACCGAAGAGCACAGAAAGAGGUCCACAUGACGUGAUCCCUAUAAUGGAGGUGUACAACAAGAGCAUGUGCCAGCCUCGGGAGCUGCUGGUGGAGAUCCUGCAGGAGUACCCGGAGGAUGUGGAGCACAUCUUCAUGCCGUCCUGCGUGGUGUUGAGGCGCUGCGCCGGCUACUGCAACGAUGAGAUAAUGCAAUGCAUGCCGACGGCCACCUAUAACAUAACAAUGCAGAUUAAAAGAUUAAAAAACUACAAACAGCAAAAUGAUAUUGACAUGAGUUUUACAGAACACAGCGCAUGUGAGUGUAGGCAGAAGACAGACGUGAAAGAACAGAAAGAAAAUGUUUGUGAGCCAUGUUGCGAUCACUGCUCAGAGAGGAGAAAGCGUUUGUUCGUGCAGGAUCCCGCAACCUGCCGGUGCUCCUGCAAACACACAGACGAAUACUGUAAAGAACGCCAACUAGAGCUCAACGAGAGGACCUGCAAAUGUGACAAGCCGAGAAGAUGAGAGAGGUGGGAUCACCAGAUGUACAAGAUGAAGGAAUAUUCUAGAGAUAUUUCACAGCACAGCACUUUGACCUUUGAACCGUAAGCUCUUCUUUUCUGUGGAAAGCAUUCCCCUUGGACUGGCUGAGAGAGAACAAAAAGAAAGACUGAACUGAAGUUUCCUCCCACUGUAUAUCUCUGUGUAUAUAGACCAUGAUAAAAGAAAAAAAGAGUACAGAAUUGUUAUGCUGCUACAGAAACGAAUAACUAAACCCAUCAAUUGACAAAACACAAAUAGCCGCCAUGUGGUUUUGCAUUUCUAACAGGCUUGCAGUGCAGGUGUAGUCUCGUUGUCGAUUCAUUGUAUGCAAUUACUUCACUGGAUAUGAGUCUACUGUGGUUGUGUGUCAAUCAAAAGUUGCAAAACCUCUCAAUCUAAGAUAUAUUUAACUGCUAAAACAGUGGGUGAGGCUGAAGAGGACAUGGACGCACCCUCCUUUCUAAAACGAUGGAUGGACUCUCGUCUGCAAAUGUCUACUUUUGUUUUUGGACUAUAACAGAAGGACACUGCGACAGGCGAUGGAAAUCUUGAAUCUGUGUCUCCGUGACAUUGCUUCCUAUCCUCUGAGGACAUUGCAGGACUGGACAAACACAAUAUUGUCACUAUUGUGAUCAGCUUGCAGGAGAAAAGACUCUGGAGUGCCAUAUACCUUUAAAGGGAUACUGGUCAUCGAUGAUAGCAUCAUAUGUUUUGCUAUGUCCUUCAUGAAAACCACUGAAAACAUCCUAUACUGUAGAUUCCAUUUGAAAAACUGUGCCUCACAAAAUGUACUGAGAAAUCUUUCGAGUGCUUUUUAAAUUAUUUUUUGUUUCCUUUUUCAGGAGAGGGGAUUGUCAAAGUAGUUUUAUUAGUUGUUGAACUCAAUACAGAAUCUAUUGAUUACAUAUCUUUUAUCUUGUACAUACUUAAUAUCCCUUUAUGCCAUAGUCGAUUCUAGAUAAUUUAUAAUGUUAUAGAGUAUUUUUCAGUAUUCAGUCUUCUACCCAUAUUUAAUUUGGUCUAUUUAUAUAUGCAGUGUUAUGUUCAUGUGGCUGUCCUAUCUCCCCCCAUUUGUAAGGUCACUGAUGGCUACUCUCAGCAUGGAGACUCUCUGUGCAUUUCUACGACAAAAAAAAAAAUCAAACAUGAUUUGUUAACAUUCCCUUAAUGGAUCACUUGUAUUGAUGUACUGAUGACACUCUGGAUUCUCAAGCCCUCUUAUCUAAGGGUGUGGGUGCUGUGUAGAAUUUUAAUGUAUCUGCGUGUUUGUGUACGUGUGUGUAUGAAUGCGUGUCCGUGUGCAUUUGCCGACAUGCACAUGUGUUUAGGUGUUAGUAAGUUGUAUUUAAGUAUUUAAUGUAGCGGACCUGUGUUCUGUCCGUCCUGCAAGAUGCAAAUACGAAUAAACUACUGCUAGCAGCUCACUCAUACACUACUACCACACAAAUUUGGAUAACAAUCUGCCAUCAGUCUUGGAGCCCUCAUUAUAAUUUCUCUUUGUCUCUUCUUCACUAUUAACAUGUUUUCUGUGUCUAUGUAAAACAGUAAAGCAUAUUUAUUUUCAAAUUAUAUUGUUUUUAUAUAAAAUAAGGAAAAGGUU